AUGUUCAAAAUCUUUAUAGUCGCUUUGGCCGCAGUAGCCUGCGCUCAGGCUGCCAGCGUUCCAUCUAAUUUAGUUUCUGGAAUGGCCACUACUUUCCAACAACGCAUAACCGCACCCAAUGAGAAAUUGGCGAUGGCACUCAAUACUCUUAAGAUGAGGGCUGAUUUGCCUGGUCUUUCCGAAGCAGCACAACAGUGUUUGACAGAACAAUUCAACAAGGUUGUUGCCUUAGGUCAACAAGUUGCAGAUUCUCUAACAGCAUGCGCUGGUGAUCAAGCCGGCGAUGUGGAAGCUGUUUUGGCUGAAUUACAAACAGCCUUAGAAGCCGCAGGAACCGCAGGAUUGGAACUCGCUGGAAAAUUCCAACAAUGCUUGGAAUUGAUACCCAACUUUAUUGACUUCGGAAACUGUGUUCAAGGAGUUGUUGAUUCAGCUGCUGGACCAGCACAAGAAUUAGCCAGCGCUUUGGAAAAGGCUGCAACUGCUUUGGCCGCACUUGGCGCUGAAGUUUUGGAGUGUGCCAAACCCGUGUUGGAAGAAGCCAACACUGCCAUUGAACAAGUUGCCCAAGAUGCUGUCCAUUGCUUCGAAUUGUAA